AAUGUUGCCAAAGAACGUUUGUGUAUUAGCAAUUCUGAUCGUACUCUUUGUGGCUGUCUCUCAAGCAUCUAACAGACAUGAGAGCCCACUAACAUUCGGAACUCUUAAAAACCAGGCGUUAACGAUCAACAAUCCCUAUAAGUUCUGUACAUUAAAAACCUCGGUAAUGGCUUUCUUUGCAGGAACUCAGACUGAUCCAAACGGGCAAAGUUCCAAAUGAGUUUCAUAUUUUCCUGAGUUGCUUGAUGAAUGGGAUAAAAUUAAGAGUAAAUUAAGCACACAAUUGUUAGUGCCAACCCAUUUCUUCAACUUUUGGGCUGAUAUUACUUCCCUGAUUACGAGGUUCUCUUUAUGGCAGACAUAUUGAACCUUCAACACCAUGUAUGGAGCUCUGGAUCAUGUAUUCAGCUCAUUAGAAGGAGCAUUUACUGUUCUCUUAAAAUAUACAACCUACAGGGCAGAAGUUAAUGAAGAGCUGAGGAAGAUUCUUGACAACAACAAUAAGGAGAAAUGUCCAGAAAUGUUCCAUAGUGUAGGGAAAGCUUUCUCAUUACUUUUUGGGUUCAAUGUCCCUCAGGACGUUGUUUAAUUCAAUCAAAAUGCAUGCUUUUUUCAACCUCUAAUAAGGCUGAGAAGCAGCUUCAAUAAUUGCUUGUUAAAAUUG